AGGCAAAUUAAAUGCAAAUAAGCAAUAAUAGAAAAGUUAUUUAGCCGGAUAAAUUAUAUAUUAUUUUUUCUUUUAUAUUAAAUUUAAAACGUAAAUUGACAGGCGAUAUAGCAAAAAUUGUGUCCAUAAAUAAUAAAUGAAACCCAUAAUGAUUUGGAACUGAAGUUUUAAGUCCAAUUAGUGUGUUAUCAAAUAAUAAUAAUACUAAUAAUAAUAAUGAAAGAACAAAAAUUGUUACUUAUCCUUUCGCAGUCGUUAAUUGGUUAGUAAAGUGGUUCCACAUCAGAUACAUCUAUUGUGCUUUUCGAUCGUCAUACUUAGAUGAUUUUGGAGAAUAUCGUAUUAACGCAUAUAUGUACCGGCUUUUUCUUUUUGUAUGUUCAACAUGUGCGUUCAAUAUUUGAGUCCCGCACAAAUAUAGCAUAUUUAACACAAUUAGAACGGGAGUCUUUGUUGCGGCGGGAGGACUCGCUUUAUUAUUCAUUUUAUAAGACACUUACAGAGGAAGCAGACUUUUGGAGUGGUUACGAUAAAUUAACCAACUUAACUGGCAUCGAGCAUCCACAAAAUGUGAAUGUAAUACAAAGGUUCCAUGUGUUACCAGAAUUGGCAAUAGGAUAUCUCUAUCAUUUGCUAAGGCGAUAUGCUUUCACAGAAAACUUUCCAAUAUUUAGUUGUUGGCGGAGCUACGAUGUUCGUUUGCCUUUGGAGCAUCGUCAUUGCGACGGCAUUGGACAGCCCAUGCAGUUUUACUUGGAAUGCGUAUGGCUUCUUGGCGGGGUCACUGUACUAGUUAUUUAUAUAUAUGGAACAUUACUGAGUGAAAAUAUAUUUGGUGGUAUUUACGCAGUGGUUUCCUAUGUUAUGUUCCACAGUUUUGCUUCCAAGAUCUACGAAUCCCCUAUGGCACGUGAAAAUUUUGCAUUCCCAAUUAUUUUCAUGCAAAUGUUUUACCUUUGUUUGUGUAUUGAUCGCAUCACGGAACGCAAGGCGUAUCACAAGCGGCUUUUUAUAACCAUCAAAUUGACGCUGUUGACAGCUCUUGCUCUUCUCUGUUGGCAAUUUUCUUCUGUUAUUUUUGCAACGCAGAUCCUUAUUAUGAUGGCUCCUUGGACGCCAAGUUCAAUAUCUGAGGUGGUUUCUAGUACUUUUACGAUUGAUUAUGCGAUCUCGCAACUUAUUGCCACAUCACUAGCUUACUACUGUUCCUUUAGCAACAAGAAAUAUAUUUUCGCCUGGCAUAUUGGUCCAGCAAUUGGACUUCUAUUUCUCAGUAUAGAGCGGCAAGUCAAACCUCAAACUCCUAAUAGUGGCAUUUCGUUCAAAACCAUUUGGGCGGGGUUAUUAGCGGCCAUUAGUGUACAAGGAACUUUAUAUGAUAUGUUGGAGAGAACAGGAUUCGCACGUUCAAUUGACAACGGGUUCGCCUUAUAUCGUGAUUUAAUAGUGCAAUGGGGCUUCCAGGCAAAAGUGAGUUUCUCUACCAGUCUUGCGGCCUGCAAUCCAGCUUAUCAGAAUUUGAAUAUUGGCCAUUUGUGGGAGCUCAUAAAGACUCUAAUUGUGAAGCCCUAUUGUAUGUACGGUGUCGUGAUGUUGGCGAAGUUUUUUCGCAAGUGGCGUAAGGGUAGUGAAAAAAAAAAUCCCAGUAAAGAUAAUGUGGAACGAGCCAAAAAAUAUGUGCUCGAGGAUUUUUUGGAAGAAAACCACAUAUCAAUGGGUGAUAUGUCAAAUAAAGAGACGGAGAACGAUUUAAAUGAAUGUCUUAAGUUACUGAAAGAUUGUAACUAUGAUUACAAUCGCUAUAAACAAGAGAAAACUAAGUCGAAGAACAAUAAAGUCAUUGAACACGAAGAGUUUAUGAAUAACAUAAAAUUAUUAAAAGAGCAGAUUAAAGAAGGUACUCGAAAUAUUUCUAAAAUUAACCAUUCUGAGAAUUCAGAAAAGCAAGAAGAAGAACUUACUGAUGGAAAUGUAAAACCGUCCAUAAGUGAGGAUAAAGCAACAAUAAAGAGUGAUUCGAUUCCAGCAGCACCAAACGUGGAAAUAAAUGAUUCUGAGAAUGAUACGAAUAACGACACUUUUACUGAUAGUAGUGGUAUGCUGAGUGGUAUAAAAAGUGGCGAUGGUAAUAAAAACACACGACGUACACGGCUUAAAAGCUCGGACUACGAAGCUUCCAAAGCUGACUAUCAUAGCGAUAUUACCGGAUUCCACUAUGUCUACAGCUUUGUACAAAUGGCCGUUUUUACCGCCUUAGGGCUUAGUAUAAAAAAGUUAUUCUUCCUUUGUUUCACUCAAGGUUGUGUUAUUGCGCCGACAAUAUGUUCCAAGUUUUGGUAUCGCAAACAACGCAAUAUAUUUUGGGCAGUAUCAUUGGCGGUUUUUUUAACCAGCAUGGUUAAUCCCGGUUUAGUUAAUAUACGUGAAGAAUACUUUCCUACACGCCCAGGACAUGCUAGUGAUGAUUUGGAUAGCAUGUUGGAAUGGAUCAAAAUUAAUACUGAGCGCGACGCUGUUUUUGCAGGUCCAGUAGAAAUUAUUGGCACGGUGCAUUUAGUUACUAGACGACCGAUUGUAAACCACGCCCACUUGGAAAUACGUCACAUCCAUGAACGCACCGAACAUGUCUACUCAGUGUUCAGCCGUCAACAGUCAUCAGAUAUUUACAAUCAAUACUCACAACUUAAAGUGCAGUAUUUAAUUAUAUCGCUUCAGGACUGCAGCAAUGAAAUUCGUGAUGAAUGUGACCUACUUUCGAUUUGGGAUGAUCUGCAACCGUCAAAUCGCAAAUAUCCGCAAUUUUGUUCGGAAUUGGCAAACAAGAAUAUACCCAGCUUCUUGAAAGUAUUCUCUAAUGAUUAUUACGGUAUUAUUAAGAUGUUUUCGCAGAGUGUACAAAUUAAUUUGAAGCUUAGUAAGAUGCCCGAAAAAGUAAUGUAGCCAAGUAGUCAAACUUGCUUCGAUUGUAACUGAGGCAUUGGUAGGAAAAGUGGCCAAGAAUUUAAAAUGUCAAUUACAUUAUUUUAUUUAUAUACAAAGUUUCAUGUUACGUUCAUAUUUUAUAAUUAUUGUAAUUUUGACAAGAGACAUUUUAAGCCUCGAUAUAUUACGAUUGAACAUCGAUUUUGCUGUAUUUAAUAGUUGUCGUUAAAUGAAAAUAAUUUUAAGAAAUACAAAUACAAACGACUCUGACCAACUUAUGUAGAUGUUCUAAUGUAUAUAUGUACAUACAUACAUACAUAUGAGAAUAUGAAAAGUGUAGAAAGCUACAAAAUGAGCAAUACCUACACAUUUUUAGUUCAAUUUGAAACAUCGAGCAGAUAUAAAUAUUGAAGUUUGUUCUUUUUUUCAUGAAAGUUUUGAAUCGUAAUUUUUUUCCUUUAUAACACCUAAUGCCGAGUUUACUGAAUUUUAUAUAGACUGCCCUCUUGCAUUCCAUUUCUGGCUUAUUUGUAUUACCUGCAAUUAAAAAAAAUAUAUGGGAAAAACUAAGUUUAAAAGUUUGAAAUUAGCGACCUUUAUUAAUUUGCAUGAGAAAGUGGCCUCUAUGUUACCUUGUAUGUAUAUAUGUACAUAUUCAUAUCUGUAUUUGAGAUAUUCGGUUGGUAAUUAAUUACAACUCUUGUCCAUGAAAGCAUUGCAGACAACCGUUUUGCAAGCGUAAUGUUUAUUCUUAAAUGAAACAUUUCACAUGCAGUAAGGCAAUCAUAGUUUUUGUUUUAAUUAAGAGCUAAUGUCGGAUUUAGGAAAUGUGCUAAGCGUUUAAGACGCAUAAGAUAAUACAUUUUGUUAAAAAAAGAAAAUAAUGUUGUGUACAUAUAGGCUGUUUCUCUAUGUAAUUUAAAAUACUGAAUUUUAAGGAUAAAGAGACUGCUUCCAUGUCUCAACUACCAAACCUAAUGCGCGAGAAAUAUUGUAAUAAAUUGUAUUAUUUUUAGUUACAUAUUUCUUAAUUUUUCAUAUUACAGUUUAAAAAUUGAUCUUAUAGUAUUCAUUUAUUCUUAUUUUUCUUCAGUGUUUAUUUUUUUACUUCAAGGAGACUAGUAAAUAACGUACUGUUUCAUACUAUUCGACUAACCAUCCUAACAGCUGCAAUUUAAUAACAUUGUGGGCAUAUGUGUUGUAGCGGAUUAGGAGGCCAAUGCAAAAAAAAUAGAUAUUACUUUCAUUAUAAUUGUGUUGGUUCGUAAAAUGUGAUUUACUAUAUUUAUAAAUAAAGGUAUCAAAAUAAAUAAUUUCUUAAACGCUUAA